AUGUCAAAACGGACUCUUUUGAAUCGUUUGAAACAAUAUGGUUUAACCCGACGAAAUUGUGACAUAAAUGAAGCUGUUCUUCGACAGCACAUUAGCAUAGAACUCGAAGGAGCUGGAAACCUACUUGGCUACCGAGCAAUGUGGCGAAAACUACAUUUAAAGUAUGGAAUAAAUGUGCCAAGAUCUGCUGUAGAAAUCCUGUUGAGAGAGAUGGACCCAGAAGGAACCAGGUUAGACAAGCCCACCGGCUGAAAAGACGAAAUUAUAUCAACCCAGGGCCAAAUAACUGUUGGCACGCGGACGGAUAUGACAAAUUGAAGCCUUAUGGAUUACCUAUACAUGGCUGCAUCGAUGGCUUUAGUCGACGUGUGAUAUGGUUAAAACUUGAAAUGAGUAAUAAUGAUCCUAAAGUAAUUGGAAAGUUAUUUAGAGAUGCUGUUAUUGAAGUUGGAGGAUGCCCAUCAAUCCUUCGAACUGAUCGAGGUACCGAAAAUGGAAUUAUGUCCUCAGGUCAGUGCUUCCUCAGACCGCUUCAGGAAUCCCCAAUACUCUAUAUUAUUUACCAGACAGUGUUGGCACUAUUGACUACAAACACCAAUACAACCCCGAGAAUUUAGAAGAAAUUAAUCGUGAGCUGAAUCCAUCUGAUGAUUCAAAUGAAUCGCUCAUUUACCAGGAGUACUUUGCUUAUGUCAAUGAAAUGCUUGGUAUUGCUGAGCCAAGUUCGUGGAGGGUUGCAUUAGCACUAUACCAUAGACUAUCAACAGUCGCUCAAACAUGA